AUGAAUGUUUUUCUAUUAUCAAUUACUAUGCUUCAGAAUCAAACGGGUGUAACAAAGUUUUUGGGAGGAAGUGGCAUUGGUAUUAACAUUGAUAAUACAAAUUAUUCUCGUUUAUUGUAUUCUGAAAAUUCAUUAACAGCCAGAUCAAAUAAAUUCGGAACAAGAUACAUGGACAUAGGAAAUUGUUUAGAUCUUACAUCAAAAGAACAGAAUUUAACAGUAACUUCUUCUUAUCCUUUCCAUUUGAUCUCAAUUCCAUCAGACUUUUGCAGCGAUUAUGAAUUUGUACUUGCUGAUAAUUCAGCUGUUUUCAUUACUAAUGCAACAAUUAGCUCAGAAUCCACUAAAAAAUGCAUUUUAUUUCAACCAUCAGCAAUCAGUUAUUUUCUUAAAGGAGAAUUCAUAACAAAUAGCUCAGAAUGCAGACUGGAGUAUACUCCAAAUAUUAAAAACAUAAAACAAAGCGAAAUACAAAAUUUAACAAAUUCAUUUUCAUUAAAAUCAGCUGGUUAUCCAAUACUUCGACUUUUAAACUGUUCCUCUGAACAAAUUUAUCUUAAAUUUAAGCUAAAUACGAUAAGAACAUCAUAUGAAGAAUUUCGCUGUUAUUCAUUCCCAGUUCCACAGGCAAAUACUGAAGAAUCUAGAGAACUGCUGUUUUAUGCAACAGAAUGCAGCUUUUCAUCAGAUUCUUUAGUUAAUUUCCUUAAAUACGGCUAUAUUGUGUUAUUAGUCAUCUGUAUUCUGAUGAUAUUUGUAUGUACAAUACCAAAGCGUAACACACGUCCUAAAAACGUUAUCGAAAUCGUUGCUUUGAAAAAAUAG